GGCGCGGCCUUUCCUUCCCUCGCCCGGCGCCGAGCAACAUGGGCCACCAGCAGCUCUACUGGAGCCCACCGAGGAAGUUCGGACAGGGGUCCCGGUCCUGCCGCGUGUGCUCCAACCGCCACGGCCUGAUCCGAAAGUACGGGCUCAACAUGUGCCGCCAGUGCUUCCGCCAGUACGCCAAGGACAUCGGCUUCAUCAAGCUGGAUUAAACAUCUGUCCACCCGCAGAGAUGGCCU